AUGAAAAGCAUACUCUCUGAGAAGAAGGCCUUGAGGGGAGAUAAAACUGUGGUCUUGACCAAGGAGUGCAGCGUUCUGAUUCAAAGGAAGCUACCCAAAAAGAUGCCAGACCCCAAAAGCUUCCUGAUCCCCUGUACCAUUAGGACUAUUACAUUUGAGAAUGCACUGUGUGAUCUUGGUUCAAGCAUAAAUCUGAUACCGCUAUCCAUGAUGAAGAAGCUGGAAAUCCAAGAGGCGCAGCCUACAAGGAUAGCAUUGGAGAUGUAUAACAAGUCUAGGAAGCAAGCAUAUAGGCUAGUGGAGAACGUACUGGUCAAGGUUGGAUAG